AUGGUGACGAGGAGAUUCAAUCUAGUGUAUGGCGGUGGGAGCAUUGGGUUAAUGGGCGUUGUCUCGCAAAUUGUGCACCAAGGAGGAUGUAACGUUCUCGGGUUGAACAAAUAUAUUUAUGGGUUGACACAGAUUAUCGGUACUACGACUGGCCAUGUGAAGCCUGUAAUCGACAUGCAUCAAAGAAAGACAAAAAUGAUGCGUGAGUCUGAUUGUUUUAUAGCUCUUCCAGGUGGUUAUGGAACGCUGGAAGAGUUAUUUGAAGUUAUAAGUUGGGCACAACUUGGAGUCCAUGUCAAGCCGUUUUUUUCUAUGUUUUCCAUCACAAAAAAAAAAAAAAUUAUGCAGGUGGGUUUGCUUAAUGUUAAUGGUUACUACAAUCAUCUUCUGUCAAUGAUCGACAAAGCUGUACAAGAUGAGUUCAUCAAACCCUUUGACCGUAAUAUAUUGGUUACGGCAUCCACUGUGAAAGAGCUGAUUAAUAAACUUGAAGUAAGUGACUCUGUUUGUUUGAUGAAACUUUCAUGA